AUGAUGAUAACACUGAUGGAGGCGAUUGCGGCAGUUGUGGGUCAUGAUGGAGGCGAUUCCAUCAAACGUCGACUGCCUUACUUAAUUGGAGGCAUCCGCUACAAACGUCACAUGGAGGCGCCAAUAUACUCCCUACCUGAGGCAGCAGCCGAGGAGGCAGCCGAGGCGGAGGAAUUGGAGCGUCUACGAGAAGCCCUCGAGGCAUCAGAGGAGGGGAGGGAUUUGGUGAAACGUGCCCUCGACUACCUCUACGGUGGAGUGCGCUAUCGUCGACGAAGUAUUAUCUAA